CACGCCUGCUUUUUGACACUUGUCUAAAAUGUCCACCGUUUUAAAUGUUUUCAAUGUCAAUAUUAAGUUAAUAAAUCGUCAAUUGGCCCAUUGUUACAAUGUCAGAAGCUUUAGUUACAUACAUUCCAAACGAAAAUCGUCGAAAUUUCUUCCAGUCAUCUACCAAAGUCAGCGGGUUUAUGCCAGUAAAGACGUUGAGUCAAAUGUAAGCGGUGGCAUCUUGGCAAAAACCUUGCAACGUUUUACGGCACUUCCAAAGGGCCAAACAGUCCGAGAAUGUUUUCAUCCGGGAGCUUCGGCCCUGUCUCGGGACGCCCUUCCUAUAAAUACCAGACAGGUCGUAACAGGGACCCAAAUGGUCACAGCAAUGUUACAAUACAUUUGGCCCAAAGAUAACAAAGCUGUAAGAGAUAGGGUAACUUUAGCUGUUGGACUUCUGAUUGGUGCCAAAGUUUUAAAUGUAUCGGUCCCUUUCAUUUUUAAAUAUUCUAUAGAUUAUCUAAAUUCUGCAGGCACUUUGAAUUUGGAAACAGCACCUGCCACUGUUGCUACAUUCGCCACAAGUUUGCUUAUUGCUUACGGUCUUGCUCGAGCAGGCGCUGCCGGUUUUAACGAACUGAGAAAUGCCGUUUUUGCUAAGGUUGCGCAACAUUCAAUUAGGAGAAUUGCAAAGAAUGUUUUUUUACAUUUGCACAACUUGGACCUCGGUUUCCAUUUAAGUCGACAAACCGGUGCCCUAUCUAAAACAAUAGAUCGAGGGUCGCGCGGUAUCAAUUUUGUUUUAUCAGCUAUGGUUUUUAAUGUUGUUCCAACUGUUUUUGAAUUGGCUCUGGUUUCGAGUAUUUUGGGGUUGAAAUGUGGGGCUGCUUUCGCAGGAAUUUCAUUGGGAUGUGUUGGUAUUUAUGCCGCUUAUACGCUGGGAAUUACACAAUGGCGUACCAAGUUUAGAGUGUACAUGAAUCAGGCCGAAAAUGAGGCGGGAAAUAAAGCAAUUGAUUCGCUCAUCAAUUACGAAACGGUUAAAUACUUUAACAACGAGAAGUUCGAAGCUGAACGUUACGACAACGUUUUGAAAAAAUACGAAGCUGCCAGUUUAAAAACCAGUUCAAGCUUGGCAUUGUUAAAUUUUGGCCAAAACGCAAUUUUCAGUGCUGCCAUUAGUGGUAUCAUGGUUUUGGCAGCAAAUGAAAUAAUCAAGGGAAAUAUGACAGUUGGUGAUCUAGUGAUGGUAAACGGACUAUUAUUCCAACUCUCAGUCCCUUUAGGUUUUUUGGGUAGUGUUUAUCGCGAAGUGAGACAAGCACUAAUUGAUAUGCAAACAAUGUUCACUCUCAUGACAAUGGAUCCAGCUAUUAAAAGUAAAACACACGCGCCCUAUUUACACGUCGAUUCCAAAACAUCGGACAUCCGAUUCGAAAACGUGUCUUUUUCGUACGGACCAGGAAAAGACAUUUUGAAAGAUUUAAAUUUUACAAUUGCUCCGGGUAAAAAAGUUGCCAUUAUUGGUGGAUCAGGCUCAGGAAAAUCAACAAUAGUCCGCCUUUUGUAUCGCUUUUACGAACCUUCCUCUGGUCGUAUCUUAAUCGGCAAUCAAGACAUUCGUGAUGUGGAUUUGGAAAGUUUAAGACGUGCAAUUUCAAUUGUCCCUCAAGAUUCUGUUUUGUUUCACGAUACAAUCAAACACAACUUGCACUACGGUGAUUUGAUGGCGAAAGAGGAAGAUGUAAUAAAUGCCGCAAAAAUGGCCGAAAUUCACGACUCGAUAAUAAAGUGGCCCCAAGGCUACCAAACACAAGUCGGCGAAAGGGGGCUGAAGCUCUCAGGGGGCGAGAAACAACGGGUUGCUAUCGCUCGAGCUAUUUUGAAAAAUUCACCAAUUCUGGUCUUUGACGAAGCGACGAGUUCGCUAGAUUCUCUCACCGAACAUAAUAUUUUAACUGCUUUGAAGCGAGCGACACAAGGACGGACAAGUAUUUGCAUAGCACACAGAUUGAGUACCGUAAUGGAUGCUGACGAGAUUUUGGUUCUUGAAAAUGGGCAAGUUUCUGAAGUUGGUACUCACGAAAGUUUAAUACAAAAUCGGGAAAGUUUGUAUUAUCGCUUGUGGAGGACGCAAAACCAUCAAGAUUUGGGCGAUAAUACGAGAGAGUCGUUUAAAAAUUAGAAACAGGAGUUUUUGUUGUUAAUUUUAUUAAUGUAAAUACUGUAUAUACGUAUACGAAGUGAUUUAAUUUAAAUAAAACUAAAUGUGGAAUAUAA